GCACGUCGCCACGCCACCCAGCUCCCGCGGUUCCUAUUUCCGGCACGGCACCGGAGACACCCAAAAGAGGCUUCGCCGCCGCCGGCGCUCUCUCAAGACAUUGCUGCGCUUCCGUGACCUUGGGAGCCCGACUCGAGAGCUGAAAAUGCAAAACCAGCUCUAUGUGGAAACCACCAGACUUGCCCUAUAAUCUCUCGUUUAAGCAACCAUCGCUAUCUUGAUAAGUUGUUCUAUAUUCAUCCAACACGAUGGCACUAUGGUUUCAGAUGCAAAUGCCAAGGGACAGUAACAGCUGCCUCGGGUUGUAAGUUAAAAGGAUGGAUUAUGGUAAAUGUACAUCAAUUACCAAGGCUCUAUCUUUAAAUAUUGCACCAAGUUUUCUGAACCAGAUGCAUACAAAAACACAAUUUGAAGAGCAUGAAAGAGCUUCUGAGCUUGCCAAUACAAAGGAUGUUGACAUUGAUAGUAGAGAAAUAUAUUUUCUAAUUAUGCAUUUCUUAUCAUCUGGGCCAUGCCAUAAUGCCUUGGGGAAAUUACAUGAUGCACUUUUGGAACAUGAGCUUCUACCAAGGAGAUACCAUGCUUGGUAUUCACGAAAUAGAGAAAAUGGCGGAACCCAUAAUGAUGAUGGGUCAUCUUUCCCUUUGAAUUAUGAUAGCCUUGCUCAAAGGUAUUCACACAUUCAAAAGGAUCACUUGGUAAAACUGCUUAAGCAACUGAUAACUAGUUCGCCUCCUCCAUUACAUCAUAUGGGGAGAAAUACUCCUAGUGCUGCGGAUGUACCAACUCUUCUCGGAACAGGGCCAUUUUCCCUUUUAUCUUGUGAUAAACAUAUAUUAAGCACAAGAGGAAAACAUCCUCCAUCAUACCUUCGUUGGCCACACAUCCACGCUGGUCAGGUGCAUGGUCUUUGUUUGAGGGAAAUUGGAGGUGGUUUUGCAAAACAUCAUCGUGCUCCAUCGAUGCGUUUUGCAAGUUAUGCUAUUGCCAAGCCAUCGACUAUGGUGCAAAGGAUGCAGAAUAUCAAGAGACUAAGGGGACACAGGGAUGCUGUUUACUGUGCUAUAUUUGAUCGCUUGGGUAGAUAUGUGAUAACUGGCUCUGAUGAUCGCCUGGUCAAGAUUUGGUCUAUGGAAACUGCAUUUUGCCUGGCUAGCUGCCGUGGACAUGAAGGUGACAUCACUGAUUUAGCUGUCAGUUCAAACAAUGCACUAGUGGCAUCUGCUUCAAAUGACUACACAAUUCGUGCUUGGCGCUUGCCAGAUGGGAUGCCUAUUUCAGUUUUGCGUGGACACACAGCAGCAGUUACUGCCAUAGCCUUUAGUCCACGGCCGAGCUCUGUUUAUCAGCUUUUGUCGUCAUCGGAUGAUGGAACAUGUCGGGUUUGGGAUGCAAGGUACUCACAGUGUACUCCCCGUGUUUACCUGCCAAGGCAAACAGAUGUUACCUCUGGAAUAAAUGGCGUUUUCCGCUCAUCUAACAGCUCUCUCUCAGCUAAUGCAUUGGAGCCCCAUCAAAUACUAUGCUGCGCAUACAAUGCUAAUGGAACUGUUUUUGUGACUGGGAGCUCUGAUAGACAUGCAAGGGUUUGGGGUGCUCCUAAGCCCAAUGUGGAUGAGCCAGAUCAACCGAGCCAUGAGAUAGACAUAUUAUCUGGACAUGAGCAGGAUGUAAAUUAUGUGCAGUUCAGCGGUUGUGCAGUGAGUUCUCCUCGAUGUUCAACUCAUGAUUCUCUUGUGGAGGACAAAAUUCCAAAAUUUAGAAAUUCUUGGUUUAGUCACGACAAUAUAGUUACUUGUUCUCGAGAUGGCAGUGCAAUCAUCUGGAUACCUAAAUCGCGCAGGGCAUAUGUUAAGGCAGGACGUUGGGCGAAGGCUUAUCAUCUCAAAGUUCCUCCACCUCCAAUGCCACCACAACCUCCUCGAGGAGGACCACGACAAAGAUUACUUCCAACUCCUCGUGGGGUCAAUAUGAUUGUUUGGAGCCUAGAUAAUCGUUUUGUUCUUGCUGCUAUUAUGGAUUGCAGAAUUUGCGUUUGGAAUGCCAAUGAUGGUAGUUUAGUGCACUCCUUGACUGGUCACACUCAAUCUACUUAUGUCUUGGAUGUUCAUCCUUUCAACCCCAGAAUUGCAAUGAGUGCUGGUUAUGAUGGGCAAACAAUUUUGUGGGAUAUAUGGGAGGGUACUCCUAUCCGAACAUACGAGAUCGGACGUUUUAAGCUGGUUGAUGGAAAGUUUUCGCAGGAUGGAACAUCAAUUGUCCUUUCAGAUGAUGUCGGGCAAAUAUACCUUCUAAACACAGGCCAAGGUGAGUCUCAGAAGGAUGCAAAAUAUGAUCAGUUCUUUCUUGGGGAUUAUAGACCCCUUAUCCGGGAUGCACAUCAGAAUGUUAUUGAUCAGGAAACACAAUUGGCUCCAUACCGACGUAAUUUGCAGGAUCCUCUUUGCGAUUCAAGUAUGAUUCCAUAUCCCGAACCGUAUCAAAGCAUAUACCAACGACAUCGACUUGGAGCUUUAGGCUUCGAAUGGCGCCCUACUUCCAUAAAAUUUGCAGUUGGGACUUAUGCUGGUUUGAGCCAAGAAUACCAAGUAUUGCCCUUGGCUGAUUUGGACAUUGUCGCUGAACCUCUGCCCGAGUUUUUGGAUGCUAUGAACUGGGAACCUGAAAAUGAUGUCGUAAAUGAUGACACUGAUUCAGAAUACAUUAUCAACGAGGAAUGUUCCAGUGAAGAAAAGGGACAUUUGUGCGGAAACUCUAGUGAUCCAGAUUGCAGUGAAGAUGAGAAGAUAAGACAAAGUCACAAUCGGAGGUCAAAAAGGAAAAAAUCCAUUUCAGAAAUUGAGUGUGUGACCUCUUCAGGAAAGCGCAUAAGGAAGAGAAUAAUAGACAAGGACGUUAGUUCAUCAAAAAGUAAAAGAACCGGAAAAUCAAGAAAGGGUCGAAAGACUGCUAAGAAGAAUUCUAAAAAACCAAAGCCAUUGAGACCACAACGAGUUGCCACGCGCUAUGCAAACAAUGUUUUUCUACAUCAUUCUGAUUUGUCUACAGGCGAAGAGGAUGAUGAUAGCUCAGAUUACUAUUCAUCAGAGAAUGAUUCACAGGAGGGCUCAUUUGUUCAGAGUGAAGAUUCUGAUGGCAUGUUGGAGGAGGACUGUGUGAAGUAUUUGACAGAUGAACAGACACCCGCUUCAGAUGAGCUGCCAACAUGCUCCCAACCACAAGUAAAUGUUGAAAAAAAGAGGGGACUAGUCUUGAAGUUCUCCAUUCGUGAUGCUAAGAAGCCUGUGCCAUUAAAACUCUCCAACACAGAUUCUGGUGGUGAGACCUUUUCAGCAUCUUCUUCUUUAAGAGUUGGCGAAGACAAAAAUCUUGAAAAUAAUAACAUUAAAAAGAAGUCCAUGGAUCUUGGAUCAGCUUCCUCAUGUAGAAUUGAUUCUGAUGCAUCUGAAAACAAGAAAAGAGCUGAGUAUACUGAGAUUGAAGACCUCAACAUACUGUCCGGGGAUAUGAAAAUGUCCGAAGGUUACCAGGACCCAGUGAGUGCGUCUGGAGAAGUCAAAGCAAACACUUCCAGUCAAACCCUGUCAGGUGAUUUGGCACGUGCUGGUUCAUUCAUUGGUUCUCCUGGAAAUUUUGUCAACAAUAUCAAUACAAAAGAGCAUAUCAGUCUUGAUAAUGGAUACGGAAAGGCAUCUGCUGAUUUUAGAAUUAAAGAUGAGGAGCAUAUGUUGCCAGGAGAGAUCUGCAAGCAAAGAACCAGUGAUUGCCAUAGGCAACAUGAUGAUGAGGUCUCUGGAUGUUCUUAUAAUCAGGCGCAUAUUAAAGCUGGGGCUUAUAAUAAUACCUCUGACAACUUUUCUCCUCAAAUGAAUGGGAAGCCUAAAUUGAAGCCAACCAUACUAAAAAUUAAAUCAAGGACAGUUCCUGGGGAGUUGAGAGCUCCUUUGGAGAAUACAUUUUCUACACCCAUGGAUGUUUCUUGUGAGGAUGAUUCAAGGCCGAGCAAGGAAAGGAAUAGAUUUCUAACAUUGUCUGGAACCGGCAAUGGCACCAACGAGCCAGACUGUUUGCAGCGUGUACAUCUAGAGAUGGAUAAUGCUGUUAAUGGAAGCAAGUGUAGUAGAAAAUCUUCAAUGGACUAUCUGCAUUCUGUAACAGAUGCAACGAGGAAAAAACGGACCUUAAGAUUGAAAGCAGCUUCAAGAGAAAUUGAUUCUGAUAACCUUUCCCAGAGAGCAGUUAAUUUUUUCACAUCAGAUGGAGUUUCAACUUCUAGGAGCAAGGAAGAAGUUUCUUACAAUGAUGAAAAGGUUUAUCCAAACCGCUUCACCAAUGUACCAAGAAAAUCAGACUGGUUAUUGUUGUCAAAGAAAGAAGAGGGGUAUCGCUACAUACCUCAGCUAGGUGAUGAAGUAGCAUACUUGAGACAGGGCCAUCAAGAAUAUAUAGACUCUAGCCAAUCAUUGGCGCGAUGCCCUUGGGAAAAGCAUGGGGCAAGAAUCAGAGCUGUGGAAGUCUGCUUGGUUGAAGAACUUAGUUAUGCAACUGUCCCUGGUUCUGGAGAGAGUUGUUGUAAAAUCACACUAAAAUUCAUCGAUCCAUCUUCUACUGUACUUGACCAGAAAUUCAAACUUACAGUGCCAGAACUAAAUGACUUCCCAGACUUUAUUGUUGAGAAAUCACGGUAUGAUGCAGCAGUGAAAAGAUCUUGGGCGUGUGGAGAUGAGUGUCAAGUCUGGUGGAGGGACGAGAAUGAGGAAAAUGGUGGUAGAUGGUGGGAUGGUAAGAUAGUAUCUGUCAAAGACAAAUCAAAUGAGUUCCCAGGGAGUCCAUGGGAAAGAUAUGUUGUUAAGUAUAACAGUGACGAAACAGAUACCCAUCUUCACUGUCCCUGGGAACUGCAAGAUCCAUAUUCCCUUUGGGAGCAUCCACAUAUUGAUCCAGAAAGCAACAACAGGAUGCUGAGUGCUCUCAAUAAAUUGCUGCACCGUGCAAAUACUAAUCAGGAUUAUUACGGGAUUCUGCAGUUAAUAAACGUAGCUGGGAAAGUAGAAUAUAUAAACAGGUUUCCUGUUCCAUUAUCCCCUGACAUAAUCCACUCGAGGUUGGAAAAUAAUUAUUAUAGAAGCUUGGAGGCUUUAAAGCAUGAUGUCAGAGUGAUGCUCGGGAAUGCUAAGGAUUACUUUGGGAAAAAUACCGCAGUGGCAGUAAAGAUGAAGCGGCUGUCAGAUUGGUUUGCAGAUCACUUUUCAAAACUGUGAGGUUAUUAUCAUUCCCUCGUAAUUUUUUUUGUUGAAGUUCAAGGGAAAGCCCUUUCCAUCCCCUCUAUUCUCAUAUACGCAAGCGGCAAGCCAAUCAUCACUCACACCAGCUUGCCCAUAGCCCAUACCCUACAUUUUUAUUCUUGUAGUCCAUGCUACAACAUCUGCAAAAAGUAUGUUUAGUGUGGACUUUCUUGGACCUUUUUUUAUUAUUAUCAUAGCAAAUUAGCAACUGGUACAACUGACACAACUAAAAAAUUAGUACAUUCUGUCUUUCUUUUUUAAUAAAAAAAGGUCAACAGA